AUAAAGGGAUCGUUCGCAGUGCCGCAGCCACGAGCGCGAGAGAGAGACGCGCUGCGGCCGCGGGAACGAGCGCAAGGAGGAGCGGGACGCGCUGCACGCCGCACCCAGCGGAGUCUGACUCGCACAACUGUGGUUCCGCCAAGGGGUCGGUGAGCAAGGAUGCUUCAGGCACCAGAGGUCAACGUGGCCUUCCUGACGGAGUCAGAGCGCGAGCUGAUCCUGGAAGUGCUCCGACGCGAUGAGGAGCUGCGACGAGCCGAAGAGGCGCGUGUGAGGAAGCUGAAGGCAGAGCUGCUGGACAUCCGGCGGAAGGGCGCCAAGCGCAGCAGCGGUAACUACAGUGAGCGCAGUUGUGGCCGGUGCCAGGCCCCGCUCGGUCGGCUGCUUUCUAAUGCCAGCCAGUGCCAGGCCUGCAACCACCACGUGUGCCGGAACUGUCGCUCCGUCCGACCCAACGGCUCGUGGCUGUGCAGCGUGUGUUCCAAAGAGGCGGACCUUAAGAAAUGCACAGGGGACUGGUUCUAUGACCAGCGUGUCAACCGCUACUUGAACGCCCCUGGCCAUGACAUUGUGAGGUCUUCCCUGAGGAAGAGGUCUCCAGUGAAGAAGCGGGACACGGUGGGGGCAAUGCUCCUUCAGAGCACAGAUCUAAACCCCUCCAACCGGCCCACCGCCCCCCUGCCCCGACCCCGACUCAAGGACCAGGUGACUCUUGAGAAGCGCUCUGAGCCAGAAACCCUGAAUCCCCCCGAGGGGCCGGUGAAGGAGCAGGAGCAGCAACAGCAGCGUAGUGACACCGAGUCGGCAGAGAAGGGCAGCGUGAGCAGCGGGCAAACCGGGACAGAGUCGUCACACGGAACACCCGUCUUGCCCAGGAAUGUCGCGGUGACCACAGAGGGAGGGAUGACUGAGAGUUCCAGUCCUGCGGGAUCCUGGAUGUCGAUCCCUGCCGAAGAAGUGGAACCCAACAGCAUUACUUCAGAACCUGAGACGGUGGUAAACACUCCACCAAGUGUGGUCAUCUCCGAAGAAGAUAAGCUGUUCAAGAGGAGCACCAGGAGAGCGCAGAAGCUUGUGGAGAACAGCUCCUCGGUAGUGGACCUGCGUGGUGAUGGGGCAGAAGUCCCAGAAGUGUCCAUGGGGGACCGGAGCAAGUCGGUACCGGGGCUGAACGUGCAGUUGCAGGAAGAAGAGGAAGACGAGGACAUUGAUAAUCUGGUGGAAAUCCACAGGAUGACAGCAGGCGGAAGCAUAUACAGCCUUCGCAGCAAGAGCACUCUGGGCAGCAUGAUGAGCGUGUACAGUGAAGCCGGGGACUACGACAUUGUGGAUGUGAAAGGGGACAUUGUAUUCUCCCUCGGCUACGACGAUCGCACCCAGACCCUCUCCGUUUUCAUCAAAGAGUGCCACGACUUGGCCUAUGGAAACACAGCCAAGCGUCGCACCAACCCGUAUGUCAAGUGCUACCUGCUCCCAGACAAGUCCCGUCAGAGUAAGAGGAAGACCGCCAUCAAGAGCAACACUAUCAGCCCCACCUACAACGAGACCCUCAAGUACUCCAUCAGCCGUACCCUGCUGCUCACGCGCUCCCUGCAGCUGUCCGUCUGGCAUCACGACCGCUUUGGUCGCAACGCCUUCCUGGGCGAAGUGGAGCUCCCGUUGGACAGCACCAGUCUCGUGUCCACCCACGACGAGUGUGUGCCGCUCCGGGGAAAGGCGACGUCUCCCUCGCAGUCGUCCGCCUUUGCCCAGUACAAGGGGGAGCUGGUGAUUUCCCUGAAGUAUGUUGAUGCGAGCGAGACGCCUGUAGAGGCCACCAAAGGUAAGGAGAAGAAGAAGAAGAGUAAAGGGGCAGGUGGGGAGCUGCAUGUCUUGAUCAAGGAGGCCAAAAACCUGACUGCCAUGAAAGCAGGAGGUACCUCUGACUCUUUCGUAAAAGGGUAUCUGCUGCCAUCAAAGAACAAGAGCACCAAGAGGAAGACCCCAGUGAUGAAGAAAACUCUGAAUCCACACUAUGACCACACGUUCAUAUACCAGGACCUGACCCUGGAGCAGCUGAGCGGUAUGUGCCUGGAGCUGACCGUGUGGGACCGCGAAGCCUUGUCCAGCAAUGACUUCCUGGGGGGAGUCCGUCUGAGCUCAGGGCCAGGUGUGUUGGCAGAUUCCACUGAGGAUGAGGUUUGUCUGUGGAAGAAGAUGAUGCAGUAUCCAGGUUCAUGGGCAGAGGGGACUCUUCUACUGCGAUCCUCCAUGGGCAAGAACAAAUGAGGGGGCCCUCAAUCCCUCCCCGGGUGCCACCUUGGGGAGAGCUGGCAAGAGCUUAUCAUAUUUAAUUAAUCUAUAAUACAUUCCUUCACCCAGCUUCUGCGUGCUAUGGGGGUUUUCAGGAACUUCUACUGGUGGGUUAUUGUUGCCUCUGACACUGGCCUUGUAUUUCAUGAGCACCCUGACACACACCCUCACUGGGAAUUAUGUGGGUUCUUAAAACAUUAGAGAAAUAUUCUUUUAAGCUUGGGAAGCCUCCUUUUCUAUGGAUGAAGAAUUGUUGGAUCAAGGGCUUUUUGAAAUGCAUUGUGGAAUACAAUUAUAAACAGCUUUAGCCAAAGAAUUUUGAUGACUUUUUUUAAAAAUAAAGUGUAUGCAUUCUAUGUAUUUAGAUUUAUGCGAACGUUUAAUGCCGCCUUUUUACGUGUGAGCUUUGGAAGGUGGUUCGCCCGUAGACCUGGUGGUCGCACCUCAUUGAAUGAGCGCAAUCUGCGGCUUGGAUCAAAUAGUGUAAAACGAUCCUCAUAUACACAGUCUGGGCAUCACUAAGAACUUGGGGGGCUUCAGUCAGAUGUGUCGCAACAGAGUGCCUCGAAAUAUGUACAUUUGCAUCCAUUUGUUGUAAAAAGCACUUUAGACUGUUACCUACAAAUGUAUGUCACCUUUUCAGUGUUGAGUCACUGCGAUUGUCUUUUUUGAAUUUAAUAAACACAAAUCAAAAUUAUAUGUAAGUUAUAAAG